AAGCCCUGAGUAGCUUGUCUCAUUCCCAGUAUGCAGCUCAGCGAGGGGUCCGUCCUCCUCUGUCACUGUCUCUUUUGCCUGUUGUAAUUCUGUCUGCCUCUGACUUGGCCUGUGUCUCUCUCUGUCUAUGCCUCCCUUCACUUGCUCUUGCUCCUACUGCUAGAGCCUCACUCCCUCAUCUUUCUGCCUUUUCUAAGUCUCUUCACUGGUCUUUGCUUUUAUCUCUCUGCCCCUAACGCAGAAUCUUCCUCUCCUUCCAGGCUCUUUUUGGAAUCUGCAGGUUUCCCUCUGCAACUUCCCAACUGGGUCUGUUGGUCUGGUCAGGAGGGCCUUGGGUCCUGCGGCUGUGGGUGGCAUGGUGCCAAAGGAGGGAGGAGCCCAUGGGGGCGUGAUUGGCUCUAAAGCCACCUCAUAAAGACUGGGGCUACGCAAAGCUUUCUGGAGGAGUCCUGGAGGGGCUGUUUGUGACGACAGGCAGACCCCACGAGCUCAGCUGGGGCUCUGCAGUGUCAUGCCCUGGAGUCCCCUGGCUGCGCUGAGCUGGGCGCUGGUGCUGAGGCUGCUGGCUUUGCUGUGGCCCCCUGGACGGGGUGAGGCGUGCAGCUGCGCGCCUGCGCACCCCCAGCAGCACGUCUGCCACUCCGCUCUAGUGAUACGGGCCAAAAUAUCCAGUGAGAAGGUAGUUCCUGCCAGCGAAGACCCUGCUGACACUCAAAAAAUGAUCCGGUAUGAAAUCAAACAGAUAAAGAUGUUUAAAGGGUUCGAGAAGGCCAAGGAUAUCCAGUAUGUCUACACGCCAUUUGACUCUUCCCUCUGUGGUGUGAAGCUAGAAACCAACAGUCAGAAGCAGUAUCUUUUGACUGGCCAGAUUCUCAGUGAUGGAAAAGUCUUUAUCCAUCUGUGCAACUACAUUGAGCCCUGGGAAGACCUGUCCUUGGUGCAGAGGGAGAGCCUGAAUCAUCACUACCACCAGAACUGUGGCUGCCAAAUCACCACUUGCUAUGCAGUGCCGUGUACCAUCUCAGCCCCCAAUGAGUGUCUCUGGACGGACUGGCUGCUGGAACGGAAGCUCUAUGGGUACCAGGCCCAGCACUAUGUCUGCAUGAAGCAUGUUGAUGGCAUCUGCAGCUGGUACCGAGGCCACCUACACCUCCGGAAGGAGUAUGUUGACAUCAUCCAGCCCUAGCAGGGACCAGGAACCACAUCCUCAGAAGUGUUCUGAAGACCAAGCAAGUUCUCUGUGGUCCUUUGACCACCACCACCUGCCAUGUUGCUGCCAGAUAAUGGGAAAUGACAAGUGAAUGGCUUGGUCAGCAAAAUGGAGGCUGUGGGGCAUGUGACAGCUUGUGUCUGCUGUUCACAUCUCCAGCUAACAGCUUGUCAAGAGUUGGAAAGGUAGCAUGGCUUCUCUGCCUUGCCCUCAGCCCCUCUUCCCUGUCUCCCAAACCUUGUUAGUCCAGCUUAUACCUAUUACUGAGAGUUUUUAUUCUGGCUUUGUUUAACUGGCUUUUCUUAGCUCAUAUGAUAAGGGAGAAGUUGUGACUGCCAUAAAGUGGUACAACCUUGCGAUGUGUGCUAUGGAAGGUGGGCUGACUAUAUCCUGAGUGGGCUGGUUGGCUGAAAUGAAAAGAACACACUAAAGCUCCAUACCUCCUA